GAGCAGACACGAGCCGAGCAGGGCUCCGCUCCGCUCCGCGUCCCGCGUCGGCUCCCCCGUGCGGAUGGCGGCGGCGGCGGCGGCGGCGGAGCCGCUGGUGAGCGGCCUAGCGCGGCUGCUGCAGGACACAGGAGACCUGGUCCUGGACGGCUCCAGCACGUUGACGCUGCUCACCCCCACGCUGCAGCACCUGACGCGGGUCUUCGAGCAGCACUUGGGCUCCCGCAACCAGCACCGCGGCUUCGUGGCACUGCCCUCCCACCCGGCCGAGACCGCCGCCAUCCUCCAGGCGCAGUUCCUUUUCGACAUGCUGCAGAAAACGCACUCCCUCAAGCUCAUUCAUGUUCCAAACUGUGCUUUACAAUCUACUGUGAAGAUUUUCCCUUUCAAGUCCCUCCGGCACUUGGAAUUGAGAUCUGUCCCUCCACAUUGCCUCCGGGGUCUGCGAUUUGUCUAUUCUCAGCUGGAAUCUUUAACCUGCUCCAAAUGUAUCAGUACACUGGAGGAAAUCAUUUCAGCAUGUGGUGGAGAUCUGAGCUGUGCUCUCCCCUGGUUGGAAUUGCAGAUGGUCAACUUCAGCUAUAACUCCAUCACUGCCUUGGAUGAUUCACUGCAAUUACUGAAUGCACUUAGAGUCUUGGAUUUGAGUCACAACAAGGUCCAAGAUUGUGAGCAAUAUUUAACGACCCUUUCAGAACUCGAGUACCUCAAUCUGGCUUAUAACUUCCUGUCCAAAGUGCCAAACCUUGGCAUCUUCAGCCGAUCCAAGCUGGUGACUCUGAUCUUGCGCAACAAUGAACUUGACAGCAUUAAUGGGGUUGAACAGCUGGUGAAUCUUCAGCACCUGGAUGUAGCCUAUAACCUGCUGCUGGAACAUGCCCAGUUGGCACCAUUGUCCACUCUGCACUAUUUAAAAAAACUGCAUCUAGAGGGAAACCCAUUAUGGUUCCAUCAAAACCACCGAUCUGCAACCCUGCUACAUGUAUCUCCCAGAGCGGCCUUCUCCAAUUUCCUCUUGGAUGGAGAGCCACUCUCUUCCUCGGACCUAAUGCACCUUCCAGAAUUAGUGCCAAGUGUGUCACAGUCCAUCCACACUUCUACCUCAGAGAAGACCAUAUUGGACCGCAAUGCGUUGGACAGUUCCUGUGCUGCGGACUUCAGUGACAGCCAGUCCCCAGCUGAAAAUGUGGCUGUCAGGCUUCCUCGAAAGAAAGGCAAGGGAAAAGUCAAAGUGCGCAGAGCAAGCAUUUCAGAGCCCAGUGACACAGAACAUGAGUCCCAAGUUUUACCUUCCUCUGCUGGUCUGGUUCUGCAGCAUCAGAAGGAGAUGGAGCGCAUGGACAGUUUCAGAGAUCGCUUUGGUGUUGACUGGCUGCAGUACAAGAGACUGGAGGAGCAUGACCAAGUACCUGUCAUCUGCCGUAGCCGUUCUGCUGAUGAGAUCACAGGCAGGCCUGCAGCACUGGAUUUGCAGAGUGAGAGCUUUGACCCAAAACAAGUAAAACCUCAAGUAUCUCCAAAAGAAUCCUCUCCUGUUUUCCACAAUGCUGGGGAAGAAGAACCUGAAGUACAGCCAAGUGAGCCUCUGGGAGGAGAACAGAGAGAAGAGGAGGCAGAUGAGCUAAUGAUGGGAGAGGAAGAAGAUGAGAAGCCAGAAGUGGACCUUUGCCAGCCAGUGCUCGUGAGCCAAAUAGAAGGUGAAGGGGACCCAGAGUCAGACUGGAUCUUCUUGCGGGUCACAGCUAGGCAUGUGAUUGAGGUGGAACUGAAAGCUGCCAGAGUCCUCCAUAAGCUGGAGCUGAAAUGCCUGCAGAAGAUAGAAACCUCUGAGAUGACCUGGAAGAGGAUGGAUCUGGAACGAGUUUUCCCUGUCCUUAUAUUGCACUUUACCUACAUUCGCAAGGACCGGCAGAAGCGCAAAUAUGUGGUGCUGGAUGACUGUCCGGAGCAGUGCCUGCAGUAUGUGCUUGAAGUGUUGUCCCCAGCUGUGGAAGAGAAUCGGCGAAAUCAGGACCAGGAGAAGGAAUCCCUGAGGCUCCAGUGUCUGAAGUGCAAACAUGAGUUUUUGCAGUCCCUGGCUUCCGGGCAGCAAAGUUCUUAUCCUGCAGAGAAUGGAGACACCAAAAAUUUGGAAACACUAGUUGCCUUAAAUCAAGAUGCUUCAGCAGCUGGUGAACUCAUAGCCUGUCCCAGUUGUUCCAGUGACCAUGUGGUAAUCCUGCCUUCAGAAGUAAGCUCCAGCACGCCUGUGCCACCCAGCCAUGAUGGCACAAGUGAGGACCUGUCAGACUCUGUCCUGGAGGGAGGCAGCCAGCAGGAGGAUGUGCCUGCUCUGGCCAGGGAGAGUGGGAAGUUCUACAUCGGUGGGGAGGACAGCUCAGAGAUGGAUACCAGUAACAGCACCAGGACCCCAGAGCUGAGUGGUGAGCAUGACAGCACUAUCCAUUCCAGCUCUCGCAGUACAGAUGGAGGCUAUGGGAAGAAGGAGCUGGGCAUGAAGAGCCAGUACUUGUCCCUCAGCCACACAGACAUCAAUGCGGGCAGCAUGAUGGGGAGUUACCGUUACAGUGCUUCUCGUGGACCCACUUCUUCACAUCUCUCUAUGAACUUUGACUCAGAGGAAACAUGGAACCUCAGUCCUUCUGCAAACAGCGUGCUGAACACAAGGGACUUCCGUUCUGUGGAUCAUCGCCUGAAGCUGUAUCUGGAUAUGGAGGUUUUUGAGGAGAACGAUGAGGAGUUCCAGUGCUUCCUCAAGGUGACCAUCGUGAAGUUUGGUCGGCAAGGAGAGUUCCUCUCAAUUCUGGUUGCCUCUAACCUCAGGAUCUAUGUGCUGGAAGUUACUGGGGUUAUCAGGGGACAACCUGCAGACUGGCUGAAGAAGGAUGACUCUCACUACCUGUCUGAUAUUUCCCAUCUGGAAGUGGGACUUUGCCACCAGAGCUUGCGAAUGGAGUUUGAGAACCCAAAAGCCUCCUACAAUCUGCUGAUCCGGAGCCAAAGUUGCUGUGACCAGUUCCUUCAGACCCUGACAUAUCUUAUGCAAGAGCUGCCUGCAAAGAACAGGAGUAAGGUGAAGGAAAUCCCCACUGUGGAAAUGAAUCCUCAACAUUGGCUCUGGCCUCUGCUGGACUCCAGGGACACAGGUUCUGCAGCUGCAGGUGGCAUAUGUUUCUUCUACCUGCUGGCCUACCUCAUUCAAGGGGCAUCUGCUUCCCCUGUGACCCUGCUGAGCACACGAAGCAUGCUGUUUCUGCUGGAAGAAAAUCACCAGUGGCAGGUGCAGCCCCUGGAUGCAGAUCAUGAGGCAGAAAUGCCUUCUAGGAGCAACAUCCAGUUGAAGGAGAAGCAGCCGAUCAGCAGUAUUAGCAAUGUCAUAACCUAUCGCCUCUGUCCUUGUGACAUCAAGCUGAUGCUUUAUGAUGAGGUGCUGAAGGUGGAGAGCACUUGGCACAUCCGCACAGAGUGCCCUGAGCUCCUGGUAGAGCUGGUGGAGUGGAUCCGCAGGCCCUGGGAAGAGAUGUUCUCUAUUGAGCUACGGAGAGCUGUGUACGAGGGACUGGAGUGAGCUUGCCAGCUGUAGGCAGGCAAAACCUGGAGUCGUGAGUGCUGCUGUGCUGGCAGCAGUGCACAAAUGUGUCCCCUCCCAUCUGAUCUUGCUGUCCCAUGGCCUUUGCUUUCUACUCUAGUCUUGCCCCUGACCCUUUCUGGUGAGGAGGAGGGGAGCACACAAUGGUCCAGACUUUGCACAGUCACUCACCUGCACGGGGCUGACCAUGGAAGGAGGUGGUUGGAGAUGUCCCUUGUAAUACUGUGUAAGCUACAGAGUUUUGACUUGGUGGUAUUUGCUAGUCUCCUUCAGGAUAGUACGAAGUAUUAUUGAAGAGGAAAGCUGAGCCAGAGAGUGUUCAACGGGCUGUGGUGUGACUCAGGCAAAUCAGCAGACCAGAGGCAGUUAGAUGCUGUGUUCUUUCUAGCAGAUGUAUUUGCUGCCUUCCUAGCUGUCUCAGAAUAGCUGCCAGUGUCUGCUGAUUAUUCUUUUAUUUUUCUUUCUCCCUCUUCUUUUAUCCACAGCUUCCCAAAAGCUCCUGCUUCAAACAGGAGCCUGACUGCACAAAGGGAUAAGGCAUAUGUUGUACUUUUAACCCCACAGAGAGCCCUUACCUGUCUGCCUGGCAGGGCAUGGCUCAGUCUGCUGCUGUAGUCCUUCACUGUCACUAGGGAGGGAGGGGAGCUGAGAGGCUCUGACCACGGAAGUGUGUUGCUCAUUGCUUGGGGGGGGGUCAGGACCCGCAUGGACACUGGCAGGUAGAAGUGAGGCUUAGGCUUUCUGAGCAGUCCAAAAGCAAGAGUCUAUUUUAACAUGAGUUUUACUAUUUUCUAUUGUAAUAAAAAGCUUAUAUUUAUUGAAUUGCCAUAUUUUCCUCGCCUCAUCCUCUUGCAUUGCUUUGAUGUCCUACUAAGGUCUUGCAUACUAGCUUCAUCGGUUUCCAGGAGCCAGUUCUGGGGCUGGCAAGGGAACAAGGCCACAACCAACCCAGCUAUACCAUCCUCAGAGCCUUAGGAGAGUAGGAAGUUCAACUUCGUAGUAGUAGUGUAAAGGCCACCCCACAGCACGCCGCUGGGUGCUUUCUUGGAAUCUGUUUAUUUUUAGAAUUUCUCUUGUCACUUUGAGAAGCAAUUUCAGUUGCUGAAGGCCCACGGUGGCCAAUAUUUUUAUCUAGCCUUCUAUAGACCGGAUUGACAAGAUCUAUAGUGUCUUGAGGCAGAUGUCACAAUGCAUUCCACUUUGUCCCCUCUUCCUAAAUGGGCAUAUGGCUGCUGCUCUCCGUUCCUUUGCAGUGAUCUCAGACUGCGAAUGGCAAUGAGCUCAGUGGAAGCACUGCCAGCACACAGCACUUUGUCUGGGGGAAGGAGUCUCAGAAAGCAGCACCAAGUAAUCAACAGUAAGGUUUUUCUGUCUUCGUCUUGCCAUUUAAGGUGCCUGUGUUAAGUAUUAUCUUCCCUUUCCUUAACUGUGUUUUACAUAAAGUACAAGAGUCAAAACUAGAGUUACCA